AUGGAUGUCAUUCAAAAGACCCUCGUCGAUCCUCUCCAGCCCUACCUUCGCCCCGUCGUCGCGUCGGUGCCGCAACCUGUCCACGAUGCGAUCGUCUCUUUGAUCGGAUCGAACUGCCACGACACACUCGUUGUGAACCUUGACCUCGCUCAGAACCCGGAGUGUACAUCUCUCGCAAUCUCGAAGGCCCUCGGAAUCGGCAUUGUUGGCGCCAGUGGAAUCGUCAAGGUUCCCCAGAUUCUCAAGCUCAUCCGAUCCGGCUCCUCUGCGGGCGUGUCCUUUGUGUCGUACGCGCUUGAAACCGCCAGCUUGCUGAUUACGCUGUCCUACGGAGUGCGCAACCAGUUCCCAUUCAGCACCUAUGGCGAGUCCGCAUUCAUUGCCGCGCAGGAUGUUUUGGUGGGUGUGUUAGUCUUGACAUAUGCCGGUCGAUCCGCGGCUGCGGCUGCGUUCGUUGCCGUUGUAGCAGCGAGCAUUUACACCCUGCUGGUUGACACUACCAUUGUUGAUGCACAAACCAUGGCAUAUCUUCAGGCUGGCGCUGGAGCCCUAGGCGUCGCCAGCAAAGUACCCCAGAUUCUUACCAUUUGGCAAGAAGGCGGCACUGGACAACUGAGUGCUUUCGCGGUGUUCAACUACCUCGCAGGCUCCUUGUCCCGCAUCUUCACCACUCUCCAGGAGGUCGACGACAAGCUCAUUCUGUAUGGAUUCCUCGCCGGUUUCUCUCUGAACCUCGUCCUCGCCGCCCAGAUGCUGUACUACUGGAACAGCCCUACAAAGACGGAGAAGGAACAAAGAGCCAGGAGGCCGGGCCGCCCAGCCCUCGCUUCUUCCCCUAUCCAGUCCUCAGCCUCUUCGGCGGCGGCGUCACCUUCCCCGAAGCCAUCGGGCAGGACGCCCACAACUCGUCGACGCGGUUAG